UAUUGAAAGACCCUGCAAUAAUCAAGGCAACAUGGGAACUGUACUCUCAGUCUCCCCAAGCUACCGAAAGGCAGGCCUGUUUGAUGAAAUACCACCCCCUCUGGCACAUUAUACAGCUGUGCAGAACAGUAAAAAUGCCAAGGACAAGAGCCUGAAACGCCAGUCGCUCAUCAAUGUUCUCCCAUGGAAGCGCAUUGUGGCGGCUUCGGCCAAGAGAAAAGGCUCUAAGAAGCUGCCCUCGGGUGACAGUCAAGAUGAAGAGGGCCUGGGCACUGUCAACAGUCAAAACCUGAAGAAGUCCCAGUCUUGUGCCAAUCUGUCGGGCUUCAUCCAGGAGCCGGCCGUAAGCUCCAUUCCUACAUCAAAAACAACCACCAAUGUGACCUCCACCGCAAAGAGGACCCCCAUCACUGAAUUGGUGGCUCAAGCAACCAAUGCUGGCACACCCAAAAGAGUUAUCGUGCAGGCUUCCACCUGCGAGCUACUUAGAAAUCUGGGCGACUUCUUGUCGCGACGCUGCUACCGGCUGAAGCGAUUCUCACCUGCUGAGCCUAUUGUCUGGCUUCGUCACGUGGAUCGAUCUCUUCUGCUGCAGGGCUGGCAGGACCAGGGCUUCAUCACCCCGGCGAAUUUGGUCUUCCUCUAUAUGCUGUGCCGUGAGGUCAUUUCACCAGAGGUGUCCAGUGAGCGUGAGCUGCAGGCCGAGGUGCUCACUUGCCUCUACCUAUCCUACUCGUACAUGGGAAACGAGAUUUCCUACCCGCUCAAGCCCUUCCUGGUGGAGACAAACAAGGACAUAUUCUGGAACCGCAGCCUGGACAUCAUCAACCGCAUGAGUAGCAAAAUGCUCCAGCUUAAUUCUGACCCUCACUACUUCACACAGGUUUUCGCCGACCUGAAAAAUGAAAAAGAAAUAACAAUAAGCCAGCUGUGUAUUGGCUUGGAUCGAUAAAAAGGCCGCUUGUGCAUAGACAAAAUAACUGUGCAUUCAAAAAGGAAACAAUAAACUUUAGCAUCAUUAUUAGUAUGAACAAGUUUCAGAGCAUAGAUUUGAAGCUUAUCUGUAGCAAUGAUUGCAACUGGAUUGGCCAUUUGAACCUUAAGAUGCAGGACAGCACCUUGUCAGCCAACAAGGUAUUUUUUGACUAGUUGUGCUAUGUUUUCGAGGUCACCUGCGGGAUAUACUGACCAACCAUGCAGCAUAUUGACUUUUUCAAGUGAUUCCAUCCAUACACAAACACGAGCAGCAGUCUCAUAAUAAAACAUGCUUCUUGGCUCACAAUAAAGACUGAACCGGAGAUUGUGCUGCAGAGAUUGUGAGCAUAUAGCUUGCCAUGCUCAUGAUAGACUGAGUAAUUUGAAAAGGAGAGCCAAGUUAGCAACACCUAAAAUCGAUAAAAGCCAAAGACUCAAGUUUGACCUUCUGCAAUUACUACAAAUCCUACACAGUGAGUUAUUGAUGAAACAUAAGGACCAUGAACUGCUGCUCUUGCAUGGCGUCACGUUAUUGACAUGUUUAUCAUAUCGUAGUGGCCUUCAAGAAGGUCUCAGUCUUAAACUGCUGCAGGUUGGAGGUGGUCAGUCCCGAUGUACACCACUUGUUGUUAAUGAUGUUCUGUAUCAAGCUAAAACGAUUUACAACAAUUUGUGAUGAAGAACCGACCACACGUUUCCAGCCGAACAGAAUUGUUCAGCUGUUUUCCAUGUUGCGCUAUCUAUUGUCAUCAUGAUAAGAACUGAAAUCUUCAAAGGGGAACAAACUAAUCGAGAGGUUGGUAUUUUAUGUAUUUUCAACAGCAAGUACUGUACGUUCUUAUACGGGUGUUAUUGCAUGCUUCUUCGACCGACCACACUUUUAAAAAGAUCUUUGUUUAUUAUUUUGGUCACAAUUUUUUUGUAUGAUGUUCUUUUGGACAGUGGUCCAAAAAUAAUGUGCCAUAAAAGUGAUCAAAGUCAGCCAAUAGUACAGCAAGCUUUUGUAGCCUUCACACUGGAAAGGAAUAUUUUCUGAAGGCGCAAACAAAAAUUGUGGAAAGACUUGAGCGGGAGGCAUAAAAUGUCAUAGAUAUUUUGUAAAAAAUACUUAUAUUAUUAGAAAACUGUCAAUUAUUUCAGUCCAUUAAAAGCCCAGAAUACUAUUUUCAUAAUUAUUCAUAUGUAUCAGACACAAGAGAUACAAAAAAAGCAAAAUAGUGGAAAGGGUUAUGUGCAAAAUGAACCAUAAAUAAAGAUGGGUUAUUUUACUGUUUUAAGUAGUAUGCUUAAAUGAAGCACUUAAAAAUCCAACAUGUGGAUUUUGGCCAACAAGCUUUAUUGGCUUUGAUUUAAUAGAAAACUAGUGUUAACAGUGAACAAGUUACUGACAAGAUGUUUUGAAGUGAUACAAUCAGCUAGGGUUGGGUCAAUAGACGAUGCCAUCAUCCGUCGCCUAUGGCCGACAGACAUCACGAUGCUGAGCUGGCAUUGCGAUCCUCCGCCUCGCCCUCGUCGCAAACCAGCUCGCGAAAAAUACACACUUAAGCCCCAUUUAAACUAAUACGGCUUAGUUUUAAAAUAGCAUUUUAGAAUGAAAACGACUGGCAUUUCUGAACAGCUCUCCUUUUACAGUAUACCGCUAAAAAUGCACAUCACAUGACCACACACACAAAGACACACAAACACACUGUCAUGCGCUCGUCUGAGCUCCAGGCAGUCAGCAGGUGCUUUGAGCACAAAACCCCAGAGAGCAGUGCACGUUGGACAGUUUAUCAAGGAUGUACAGCUGGAUCACGUCUUACUGUAGUUGAUAAACAUGAUAUUUAAUUUAUCUUGUCUUCGGUUAUUUGAAUCAGGGGUGGACUGUGACAGCAUUUUCACCUGGGAAAAAGUUACUGUUAUUCAGGCCAUAUCUUACGCGAUCGAUAAGUGAAGAUCGUCAGGCCACCAGGAAAUGUCCUGGUACUCCCUAUGGCCAGUCCACCCCUGAUUUGAAUCUAUCGGGUAACAUGUCACAGUGUCAGUACACUGCUUCAAUCUUCCCCAUUCACAAUUGUACUUAGUCAUUUUAGUGAAAACCUCAGGUACGGUUAGUUGGUUCCUGUUGGUUGUGCACAUUUUUUACCAACCAAGUUUGUCGACGCCAUUAUACCGACACAGCUCACUCUGCCUAUUCAUGCCAGAGUCCCACAGAAAAAGUGAUUGACAGGUGGUAAUUUGUGUGUAACUUAUCUUUAUUUAUUUACGAUUUGGUUAUGGGUAAAAUAAAGACCUUGCGGGUCAGGUAGUUGAAACGUUAGGCUACAAAUAAUUAAUUCAUUAUAAUUUAUUUAAUUGUUCAUAAAUAAUUCAUUCUUUGCCGCCUAUGACAACGAUGCCAUCAUCAAUCGUAAUGUUUCACAUUAGACAUUGUACAAUGCCAAAUUGGUCGACAUCACCCAACCCUAUAAUCAUCAAUCAUCUUGAAAAUGAGGUCCCUCCUGUGAAUGAGAGAAACAUUUUCAUCAGAUUUUCUCAUAGCAUCUUCAGUCACUAUUUAAGCUUCAGUGUGUGACUUAAGGACAAGCUCAUUUUUUUGUUAAAGAUGAUCAAAAGUGUUGAAAGAGAAAGACUUUAAGAAGUUCACAGGUGUAAUAUUAACAUUUGCUAAGAGGCACUUGAAUAGGUUUUCCUCUAUAAAAUUACAGCAGCUUUUCAAUAUGCAAAUGAUGAUAGACUUAAGACAUGAAAGAUACUAAAAUGAUCCCGAGCACACAAACUCUGAUUAAAUCAACUCAGAUGGCAGGCCAUUUGUGACCUGAUUGCACUAAAUUUGUCAAAAUGCACAUUUGACAUUUUAAGGAUCAAUAACAGACAAAACAUAUAACAGUUUUCACAUUUAUUUUGUGCUUUCACACUUAAAUCGCUUGUUUUUUCUCUUUCUUUACACACACACACACACACGACUAUUGACAUAUUUCUGAUCUUUAUUGAUGAUCGCAGUGAUAUGAUCGCAUUCUGAUAAAACACUGAUGGUGCUAUUAAUGCAGAGCUCACGCUUUACCCAUAACAAGACCAUUCUCAUUGGUUCGCUGAAUGUAGUGACGUUUUGUACAUAAGGGCAAAAAGACUGUACAUGCAUUGAUGCUACACAAAAUGGCUCCAUUGGUUGAAUGUGAAACUGGAACUCAUUUGUGGAGGAGGGCCAUCAAUUACAGCUACACUGUUUAUGUCCUAGAUAAUGAAAGAAGCUAAAUUGUGUUCUUAUGUUUCACACAAUUUUUGUGGUUGAUGUAAUAUUCUUCAAUAAGAGAAAAAAACAACUGUAUAGCAACAAGAGACUGAAAUAUGAUUUUCUGUUUUCCUUUGUUUCACGUUGUGUGAACUUUGUUGAUCAAAAUGAAACUAAACUGAGAUGUAACUAUAAUAUAUUUAAAGAAGCAAUCUGUUACAGUAUAUGGGUGUGUAUGAAUGUGAGUUUGUGCAAUGACUUUGGUCAAUUCUUCUAUCAACUUUAUAUAAAAAUGCGCAUUUGCAAGCAAAAACGUGUCUUUUUUAUUUUUUGGUAAUUUUGGUCAUGAUUAGCAUUAUAUAUAUCUGUUAUAUAUAGUCAACAUUUAAAGUGAAUCGUAAAAGUCCUAAGACAAGAAUGGGCAUUGAAUUUGAUGAAAGGUGAUGAUACACUUCAAACGAUGAUUAGUACAGGGAUUGGACAAUGAAACUGAAACACUGGCCAGUGUUGGUGAUUUGAACAGCCAUGUGGGCAAUCUUCUUUGAUUUCACAUUGGACCAGUAAAGCUGCAGUCACACUGGACUUUUCUCCCCAUAGACUUCCAUUCAUACGCACGCGAAUGCGUCAGACUGGAAACGCAAGCUCGUGCGACAAGGUUUGCUGUUCUCUGCUAUGGAAAGUUCAAGCUUGGUGAACUCUGACCUGCGAAAUUGCA